AUGAGCUACUUCAUAAAUGAAGAGUCAAUUAAAACUGAAAAACCAGAAAAAAAACGUGAAAACGAGGUAGACAUAAAAUAUUUUCACUGCGCGUUAUGCGGUUUACACGAAAAAUUCGAAUACUUUGGAGUGGACCCUCCCUUUGUCAAAAAGUAUAAACUUUUGGAAGACACAUACUUAGUUGAAGACCCUUUCCUGCCUCCCAAACAAGGAGAAAUGCUUCAAUUGGGAGCACACUGUACAAAAUGUAAGAAAUGCGUGUGCAAAGACCCUUCAUGCAGUUUUUAUUAUGAAGGAACCUAUUGUAUUAUUUGUGCUAAAGAAAAUAUGAAGAUGUUUCCAGAUGUUGUUAAAGAUAAGUUAAAUAAAAUUAUGAUUAAUUAGGGUUGGUUAUUUUUUUAUCAGUUGUUAUUUGAAGAUAGGCAACUCAGAUUACAUGUGGAUGGAUUUUUUUACUGUUGUAAUUUCGGAUCAAUUAAAAACCGAAAAAAAUAAAACAAAUUUACAUUUAACUUAUAUUAUGGUUGACAAAAUAAUAAAACAUUUAAUAUAUUCAUCUAUUUAGCUUUAGGGGCUAUUUUAUUAAUAAGUUUUUUCUUUUGUAAGUCACCCUUAUUAAACUUCUUUUUCU